AUGUGUGAACAGCCUGAUUGUCAGAAGCGGUUCAGCGAUAGUAGUUCCUUGGCUCGACAUCGGCGUAUUCAUACUGGAAAGAGGCCCUACAAGUGUCUGGUGUUGUUUUGUAACAAGAGGAAGACAACACUCAUCAAGCACCACCGCAAAGAACACCAAACUGUGAAGAACGAGCCCCAAGAGUACUCCCCCAUCUAUGCCAGCUCCCUCCCUGACCACCCACACCCACCGACCAUCUCCACUGGUGUUGCGGAUGAUAGUGCUACCGCUGCUUUCUAUGGCAUGGUCCAUACGGCGUCGUCGGCAUCAUCUUCCGGUUCUGCAUCUUCGGGAUCUCCUACCUCGCCACUAGCGUCACCCUUGGAUUAUUAUAACCAGCAACAGCAGUUGUAUGGGCGCAGCGGGGCAGCACAACACCCGCAGCCGCCCAUCUCUCCGACGACCUCGCCCCUCUCACCAUCCUACGCCUCUCAUGGACACCAUACCAAUCCCUGUACGGCACAGACGCCACAAUUUGUGCAUCACCCUUCUGCACAACAGGAACAACAAUCGCACCCACAGCAGAUGCACCUCGAUAUGGGACCUCACUCCGUCUAUCAAUACAACAACUCUGGCGACAACAACGUACUGUCGUCACCGCUGCGGACUCCCUCGCACGAAGGAUCGCCCACUUCUCCAACCUCUCCAUUGUCGCCCUUGACCCCACUCGGACAUAUGGGCCCUGGUCCUGGUCCUAUCUCUGCAAACGUCGUCGCCGCGGCUGACAGUCUUGCGGCCCUGGGUACCCUCGCAAUGGAUCACCUCCAACACCAGCAACCUUUCUCUUCUGCCUUGCGCUCACCACCUUCUGCACCGUACCAACAAUAUCCGUCCCACCAGCAGCAGCAGGACUACCAGGACUACCCCGCCUCGCGCCACGGACCCCCAUCCUCGUAUGCCCAUGCACAACACCAACAGCAGCAGCAUUACUACCACCAACAACAGAACCCCAGCAUGGGUGGUGGGUGUGCACCAAACGCAGGUGGAUACCAAGGGUUCUCUGACCCGUCCUCGGACCAGUCCAUGAACGGUGUCGAGUACGCCCGUGUCGCUUCGAACGGUUUCUCAGCCCAAGGCAUUUACCAAGCCUACUACUAG